GCCCGCGCGCCGCGCGCGUCAUAGAUGUCCGCGCUGGCUGACGCGGCGCACGCUUGUACCAAUUUGUACUUAAAGUAACGUUUCGAGUUAAAUUUCUGAAUGCUAUAAUAUUAUGUGAAUUCGAUCAAACUGUGCCAUAUAGUGAUGUUUGUGUAAAAAUGGGUGUUUUAUUAUAUUUUUUUAUUGUGACGAUAAUUUUACCGUGUGUAUUCGGUCAACAAGAAUGUUUUGGAGCUGGAAGUGUCGCCGGGGCAGCGAUUGGGUCUUUUAUUGCUGGAAUCCUGCUAAUCAUCGUGUUGUAUCACUUGAGGAUUUUCUACUUAAAAUCUAAGGAAGGCACGCAUCUAAUCUUCACAAAAGACCCAGAGUCCGUCAAAGAUGAGUUCGCCUUCGACAACCCUGGAUUCCGCCAGGAGGAGAGGAACUGGCACAAUGAAGCACCUACUCUUCCCAUAGGAGGGAAGACCCAUGCUCUCCACGCUGAGUUUACGAAGCCAGAACAGAGUAAAGACGAUUUAUAUAUACAGCGCGCUCGUGUUCGUCGAGUGAAACUAUGGGCUCGGGACUUCACGGGCCUGGGUUUGACGUGUGGUGGAGGAGCAAAGGCUGGCGUUUGCAUACAGUCAGUACUUCGAAGUGGUCCCGCCGCCGCUGCAAUGUUACAACCAGGCGACAAAAUAAAGAGCAUCAAAAUAGAAUUUACUGGUACACCAUUAGAAGACGCGGUGUCCAUUUUGUCCUUGGCCUCGCCGUAUCCAGUGGAGCUUGAGGUCAUCGAAGGUGGCCGGGUCAGCGGCGAGGGCUGGGUAGUUCACCAUCCAUUGAUGAAGAGAGCUGGAUCUACUGGCGAUGUUAGCACGCUGGAAAAGGAAGGGAAACUCUUACAUCCUCCGCGCUCACCGGACCCGUCGCACUCAAACAACUCCACGUUAGAAACGAAAAGUAAAGGUGGCAUUAAGAAAAUACUUGCGGAUAAGAUCAUCACGUCUACAACACUCGAAAGGAACAAGAAAGAGAAAAAGGAAGGAACCACAACACUGGAACGAGAAAAUGAAAAGAAUUUAAAACUGGCAAAUAAACAAAGACAUUCAGAUAUCCCACCAACUUUCAGUAAACCAGAAAGAAACAAAAGCAGACACUCUACAGGAAGUGACGUACAAAUAAUUCAACCAGAAAACGGAACAGCAUAUAACAUUGAAAACGCAGAAGUCCAAAAGAGAGAAAGUGACCCUAAGAAGGGUAUGAAGUUCGGGAUUCGUGUCCUUCCACCUAACGUACCUGAUGAUGGCGUACUAAAGCAGAAACACGUCGAAAAUGGUGGGAUUACACCAGAAAAGAUUGCGGUAGAUGAACCAGAUAAACCUGAACCUCAAAGACCUGCUCCUACCACACACAUAAGGCACGAGAAUGAAGUCGAGCAUAAAAAACCAGUCGUUGCUAAACGUAGAGAAAAGAUGGCGCCUCCAGUGCCAAACGCAAGAGUAAAGGUAAAUGAAAGCGAUACAAGUAUCAGCCAAGAAACGACUAAAAUUUCAGACUCCUCACAAUCUUUUACAAGAACGGAUUUGAAUUCAAGUGGAAUUAAAAGAGACGAAAAUGGCAUACCUCAAGAAUUACCUCAACAUAUGUUCGAUGCAGCUAAAGCUGCUAGAAACAACAGAAAGAGCUCCGCUGAUCUCAUUCAAGAGAAGGAACGGAAGGAUGAAGCGCCUAAACCUGCAAAGAAGUCUAAAGGAAAAGCACCCUCCCCGCCGGCUGUUCAAAAAAAUAAAACAGACGACAGUAUAAUGGAGCAAAUGCAAAACGUUAACGACUUUUUGAAAUAUGAAAAGCAACAUUCGAGUCUGCUAUUCGAUACUUCCGCAUCAACCACAACUUCAGGGCUUUCAUAUAACACUUCAACACCAAAAGUUAAUAAGACUAAACCACGCUUAGAAGAAUCCAUAAAUUUCAGUCAAGAUGAUAUUGACGAUAUUGUCACAAAACCGUUCAAGCGAGAGAGCGAUUCACUAAACAAUUUCUUCCAGGAUUCGAAAUCUAAUUUAUCAAACCUGGAUGGGCUUUCAGUAGUGUCUCUUAAUAACAGUGACAAAAGUGAAGGGGGCUCCACGACUAUCGAGUUAAAUAAUAGCGAUAUUACAAUUCAUAGUUCGCCACUAAACGAAACAGCACGAUCUGAGUCCGACGACGUAUCUAUGGAAGACAAUGAAAGGAAGGCUGCAUCUUUAGGUGAUCUUUCAAGAUUUGACCUCAGAGUUAAAGCAACGAAGAUAAGCACAGGUACUCUGGAAAGAGCUCAGAGUUUAGAUAUAUCUGCCGACGAUGAAGAAAUUCAGGAAACCACUUUAUCGCCUAAAAAGCGAAAGGCUAUGUCUGUGGUAGAAACUACAUUUUUCGAUUCCGGUACAGAAGAUGUUUUGUCAGAAGAUCCUGAAAAGGGUGUUUUAUUAAAACAGAAAGAACCUCGGUUGAGCUUGAAUAUAGCAAAAACUUCAGCAAUUGAGGGUUUGAACACAUUCCAAAGAAAUCGUCUAAAAAAGGGUUCUGAGUUUGGAAACUUGGAAGAUGCAAUCGUUAAGGGUUCAACCAGCUCCAUAGAUUCAGAUAAGCAUAGCUCUCAAGAAAUUCACAAAACGCGAACCCACGCCAGCUUGGAUACAACCCAAGAAAGUGAACAUGAAUCAUCAGAUCAUUUGGCAAAAAGAAUAAUGGAUGAAAACAUGAGAGUUCAUUUGAAACUAGUGUCAGAAUUUGCGAAAUCUACUUCAGAUGGUGGCAACGUCAGUUCUUUAGAAAGCUCCCAAGAAGUUCACAAAGAUAACUCUGCUAACGAUACAACAAAAACUACGGCAGCUAAUUACCAAGAGAAGGUCACAAUGAGUUACGAUACCAAUGUACCUGACGAUAUGAAAGUUUCUCGGAACACAUAUGUUAACAGCUUGGAAAGGCCUAAAUCAGAAAUGAUGAAAAAGCUACUUGCUAAAAACCCUAUUUUCAAUGUUCAUAUCGAUCAGCAUUCCCAAAGGCAACAAGUUACUACAAGUAAAGAUACACCUACACCUAUGACAGAUUCACAUAAAUCUGCUUUGCACCAACCGGAUAUAGUAAACUUUGAUUUGAAGACUUCGGAACCAAAAGGUAGAGAUUAUGAUGAGUUUGUGAGUAAUAUCAGAGUAGGUUCAAAUAAUAACAGCUUAAAGUUAAAUCGGAGAUCACAAGAAAUUCUGACAACUGAAUGGAGUGAGAGUAAGGAGAAUCCGGAUAUACAAACUACCAAUGUCGUAACUAUAUCUACAAACGAUAAAAGUGUACCUAUGGAAAAGAGAACUUACACGAAGUCUAUAGAGAUUGGUGAACCAAGCAUUAAACUUGUACCAGAUUUAGUUGACGGAAUCAAAAAAUCUGGCGAGAAAGAAACUAGGACAUUAUACAUGGAACCUGCCAAUGUAUCAUUGACGAUGCAACAAGAACCUGUUCAAAAAACUGUUACUGUUAAUGUUACUGAAGAUGAAUUUGGCAACAAAGUUAUCACGCAAAAUGUCGAAAAGGUUUCCACAAAAUAUAUCACAACGAGAACGGAAGCUCCAGUACAAGUUGAGCAGAUUACAUUUGGUAUUAUGAAAGGAUCAGGAAAUAUAGACGAAAUAGAUUUGGAAGAAGGAAACGUUCAGGACAUAGAUAGUAAAGUGCUUGAAGAAAUAAAAAGGCAAAACCCAAACAUGCACUUCACGACAGAUGAACCAUCGUACACUAGAACGGAAACUAUAAUAUUAAACACAGCAGAUAUGGAUGAAAGUCAAGCGAAAUUGCUCAUGGAAAGAUUGCAAAACGAUCCCAGCUUUAUGGCACAAAAGACUCCUGAGGAAUUAUCUAGACUUGGUAUUAGAAUUAUACAGGACUUAGAAGACAAAGAAAUCGCUUCCGAAGACGGGCUCGAAGUAACUAAAACAAGAUAUUCCAUUAACCCUUCUGCCAUAUCAGAAUCCGAAAAGCAAUGUAAACUAACAUCCAAAGAUAGGGAUAUACAGGAAGAACAUAUAACAGAAAUUCAAGUACUCACGCCGCGUUCCGAGAAAAAUGUGAGCCAAAAAGAAGAUAAAAUAUCUAGCAGACAACGAGCACCACCAACCGUUACCAACUAUCAAGAACCAAUGUUAUCCUAUGAGCUCGACAUCGAACUAUUGAACGAUUUCAUAUCAAACGAACGCCACCAUUCAGCAAAACAGCAAGUUGAAGCGACUAAACGAACGAAAACGACUCACAGCACAAGCGAACCAAAGAAACGCCAUUCAGACUUUGACUUACCAAGGAACAGCCAUAUUAAAUUCCGGACAGCAACCUACGAAUCACCAAAAGGCACAAUUGUCACGAGUACAGAUUUAGAAAAUCGACGCUUGUCACAAAUGGACCAAAUGCAAUUGCGAGCGCCGAGUGAAGUGCCAACUGUUUCAAGUCCUAAACCGGUGAUUUUAGCUAAACCGAGCAAUAUUCCGGUGAAGGCGUCAGACAAAAAACCGUUGGCGGGUUUUGUGUCUUCCAAGAUACCUGUGUUCUCGACACAGAAGUCUUUAAGUCAAGAGAAUCUGACUGAUAAACAGUUUUCACUGCCUCGUUCUCCACCCUUAACAUUAAGCACCAGUACGGGAAAUAUUUCUGUUACGUCCAUCAAAAGUAGCUCUAGAAGUCCAAGUGGCGGGCAAUUGUAAAACAUGAAGAGAGAAAAUUCACAUAUUCCUUUGCGAGAAAAUUCACCUGAAAUUCACCUAAAAAUUCAACUAUUACCAAAAGUAUGGUCUCAUAAAGUAACUUUCUUUAAUCCAAAUUGAUAUUUCUGCUUCUCAUUUUUGUGGUCUUUCUUCUAUGUUUUCACUGCUACCCUUGACCUAUUGUAUUGACUUAUCUUAAAUAUCUGCAUUAUAUUAUAUACAAUAUUCGCAUUUGGUGAAUUUCUGGCGGGAAUUUAUGCACACUUAUUAAUGUCUACUUCUUAAUGAAAAAGUGCCUUAUUAUAUUAUGUGUAAGUCUUGAAUAACGUAGUUCGGUUGUGAGAGAAAAUUGUAGUUGUUAGUUAUGUCACAAGAGAAAAUUCACAAACAUUCCGUCCGAAAAGAGUAUUACCAUUGUAGUGUUAUUGUAUGUAGGUUAUAUCGGUAACCGUUCUAAUUAUGCUUGAAUAAAGUUUGGCGUCAAUAUAUUGGUUUAACGGUGAACUUUUAAACGCAAACUUAAUUCUAUGGAGCGUACUUGAACGUUUUGGUUUGGGUUAUAUGAUAUUUGAAAUACUAGAUAAUCUAGUAUACAAUUUACGCCUCGAUCAAACAAAUCCAAGUGGUUUGAUUUGAGACUUAGAAGACCACUGUGGCCAAGGGCGGAACCAGCGUUGGGUCACAAGAACUGACACGUUUGUCAUCAUACAAAGUUUUUAUAUUAUAUUAAUGAAAUACUGAAGAUAUGUAGUUACAUAUAAUCUGGAUGGUGACAAAAUAUUGAAAUAACAUUAUGUUCAACUAGUGGUCCUAAGUCCUGGAACCAGAUCAGGGGGGUCAUGACCUCUAUGACCCUCCCCCGGAUCCGCCGUUGACUGUAGCGUUGUUGUAGCCUUACCGAACAGUCUUCCAAACGCAAUGUUGCCAACAUUGACUUAGUUUUUGAGAAUUUUUCAAUGAAUUUUUUAAUGUACUUAAAUUUUUAAGGCGUUAUGUACUUUAUAGAACUUUCACUUUCACUAUCAUUGAAGAUAUUUCAAACGUCAAUUCUGACACCAAAUUUAAGCAAUUCCUCACAAUAUUGUAGUCUUUUGACUUUUUAAAUUUAUUACACACAUGUUAUUUGAAAAUAAUAUUUCUUAUUGUAAAACUAAUGUUUGGGUUAACAUGAAAAUAAAAAAGUCGAAGUCGACUAUAAGACUUUGUUAUAUCUAUUUUAAAAUUCUUUGAAUUUUCGACUUUCGACAUUCAGAUGAUAGUGAAAAUGGUUAGUUUUUGUAGUUAUGUGAUCAUGUUUUGUUAAGUAAAAGUUUUAUAUAGUUAUGUUCAUCGCGUUAUUAACACUUAUUAAUCACAAUUAUACAAAUCGUAUUUUAAUAUUGUAUUAUAUUAUGAAAUAAAUACAAAUUAUAAUGUU